UUUGGUAUCAAAUAACAUUACUGACUCAGUACAAUGCCGUACCCAGAUGAAAAAGUUGUCAUUCUUUCUCCGGAAUGAUAAUUUUGUGACAAUAUUUCACAAAUCAUUAUACGAGUUGUUGAUAAGUUCUGGAAAAAAAAAGUACUCAAUUACUUUAAAAGCCGGACAUGCCUAUAUUUCGUGCUUUUUAAUCAAUGAAAUAUCUAACAAUCCAGAAGUCGACAUAGCAGAUUUAUCAAUACACGUGAGUGAAGCUUUAAAUGAUACGUUAAAUCAAAAAUUUCUUGCAUUGGAUAGGGACAACCUUAAUCAAACCAAUGUAAACGAAGCUUUACAUAAUGUGAUAAGGAAAACAGAAGGUAUAAAUGCACUUGCUUUAUUGAUAAAGCACAAUCUGGACGUAAAUACACUACACGAGGGACAAUCCCCGUCCUUUAUAGCAGCUUUAAAAGGAAAUAUUGAUCAGCUUCUAUGUCUUCUAAACAACGAAGCCAACGUUAGCUUUGUUACAGAAAGUAAUUAUGCUGUAUAUUCCUCUGUUGUAGAUCUCGCAAUAAAGGAAAUAAAACAAUCUUGUUACUAUGGAUACGGCCUUAUACAUAUAGCUGCUAAACAUGGACAUGAGAAAAUAGUCAGUAAACUUUUAGAAUACAACAAAGAUAUGAUCUAUUGGAAAACAUCCCUUGGACAACGUUCAAGUGAUAUUGCUUGUGAAAUGGGGAACUUAAAUGUUUUACAGACAUUUUCCAAUUUGGACAAUGAUAUGCUAUCCGACUGUAUUUACUAUGCUGCUCGAUCCGGAAAUGAAAAUGUCAUUCUGUCUUUGAUUGAACGAAUAUUAACCCUCAGUUGUAUAUCUGAUGAACAGUCUAGAGAUGCAUUUAAAGAGAUGGAAGUAAAAAAUCCUAAAAACGUUGAAAUAAAAGAUGAUUUUACUAUACGCAUUAAUCCUCCCAGUCAUAUCAUAUACUCUCUUGAUAAAUGGUGGAUAGUAAUGAAGGAAACGCCAAUUCACGCCGCAAUUUGGUCAGGUUCAACAGAGGUAGCAAAACUUUUAAUAAAAAAUUUUCCCGGAUUACUUGAUUGCACAGAUUUAUUUGGUUAUACGGUAACAUUGCGGACUGUAUUUCGAAAUAAAUUUGAUUUGUUGCCUUUACUUACAAUUCAUAUUUCAUCUGAACAGAUGCGAUCCGUAUUAUUGUGA